AUGAGCGUUACCCACACCGUUCUCGUCCGGUUCAAGGACGAGCUAAAGGCAGAGGAAGUCAAAACAGUCCCCUACAUUCUCUCCCUGAAGGGUGGCAAAGACAACUCUCCCAUCGGUCUCCAGGGCGGCAUCACCCACGGCUUUGUUGUCGAGUUCGCCUCGGUUGAGGAUCGGGACUACUACGCCAAGACAGAUCCAGUGCAUAUGGCCUUUGCGACAAUUCUGGACAGUUUUGUUACAAAGAUCAUUGUCGUUGAUUUUGUCAGCGAGGAAUACUGA